AUGGACAGACUCAUCUCGACUUAUAUCCUCGCCCAAACUGACUCGCAGGAGCAGGCGGACGCAGCCAUCCAGGACAUCGUCAAGGAUGUUGGAAUCAACCCUACUAAGCUGCUUAUGCUCGUCCAGGGCCUUGGUGAAUACUUGACCAGCGACGAGGCCUUCGUUCGUUCCAAAGCCACCGCCCUUUUAUCCACCACCCUCGCCACCCUUGAUCAGUCCAAAGUCAAUGCUAGUGCAGACCAGGCUUGCGUCCCAGAACUCUUGAAGGGUUUGCUUGCCUUGUCAACGUUCGACAAGUUCACAAGCGUCGACUGCAUCAAAUCCGUAAAGGCUAUUCUUGCGCUCGUCAACGUUCAGACAUACCAGCAGACAGCUCGCCACUAUGUUUUCUUGUUCCUCGAGUCGGUGAUCAAGAGAUAUUCUCAAAAUCUCAAGGCCAUGUCAUCGGAUUUCGUCUUUGGAUUCAUUCAGUGUCUCGAUGGAGAGAAGGACCCCCGCAACCUCAUGCUCGCAUUCACACUCAUCAAAAACAUCAUCCAGGAGUUCGAUAUCGCUCAGCAUGUCGAAGAUUUGUUCGAGGUGACAUUCUGCUACUUCCCAAUUACGUUCCGACCCCCUCCAGACGACCCAUAUGGCAUCACCUCAGAGCACCUGAAGGUUGGCCUCCGGGAUUGUCUCGCUGCCACCCCAUACUUUGCCAAGUUUGCCCUACCACUCCUCCUCGAAAAGCUCUCCUCCAGUUCUGGAUCCGCAAAGAAAGAUUCCAUGGAGACGAUCGCUGCUUGUGCCCCUGUCUACGGUUCAUCAGCACUCACACCCUACGCUGAGGAGCUUUGGAGUGGACUCCAGAAUGAGAUCUUCCAUGCUACUGGAGAUGAACUGGAGCAGGUUGCUUUGAACACAUUGCAGGUCAUCACAACAGAGCUUUCAAUGGGCGUCAGCUUGGGCGGAUCCAACGACCCCGUAGAGAAGUUCCUGCGCCCAAUUAUUUCCGACUGCAUGACUCAGCUCCAGAAGCCAGAAAUGAAACUCGCUAAACCUAGCGGAAAGAUUCUGAAGGCCUGCGCCAUGGCGUCUGACCCUGCCUGUACCGCCAUCACGCUCGCCACUAUCCCCACUCUUCUCUCACAAUACACCAGCAGCGAUCAGUCAACACGGAAGAAGGCCUUAUUGGAUGUUCUCCUUGACUUUUUGGAGGCAAGCACGGUGCUCUACGGAUCUGCAGGAAAGCCAACAGAACACGACACGGACUUUGUUACGCCUCUUCUCACAUUCAAGGAUCGCUUCUUUGAGCUCUUCACCAACGCAUUGUUGUCUUCCAAUGAGUACAACGCAUUGAGACUGGCAGGUGUUAAGGGUCUUCACGGCAUGAUCUUGCUUCGCGAGUUCCUGUCUGAGACCGAGAUCUCCUAUGCCAUCCAAUAUUUCGUCCGCAUUGUCCUCGAGGAUCCUGACGUCGAACUCCAGGAGACCGCGCUGAACUCGUUGUCAUCAUUGGCUUUGAUCAUGCCAGGCGUUGUUCGGUCGAUGGCGCUCCCAUCGUUCUUUGAGAUGCUCCCCACCUCCCAGAAUGAUAUGGAUGUGGAUACUGUUGUUCAGAAGAAGACCCCAGAGUACAUCUUGAAUGCCGUCACCAAGAUCGGAGCGGAGCCCACAUUGUUUGCCGACGUUGUCCCCCAAAUUCUGGAAAAACUCGACUUGGUCGCCAACGAUUUCAGCAGUACCCACGCCACCUACCCUAUCGCCCUCCUCACAACACUAUUGGUUCUCCUCCGCUCGAAAGCAUCGCAAGGACACUCAGAUCUCCCUCAGUACUUGGAUAACCUCGUUCCUCGUCUUAUCGGUUUGUGUGUUUACCCCACCGUCAGCUUGGACGACGGCGACAGUGUCAUGAAAAACUCAGAGAUCCUCGAGGUUGUUGCAGGAAUCACUCGUGUUGUCAUGAUCCACGUUGAUACUAGGGCACAGCAGGAGUUUGUCAAGGCUAUCUUCAGAUUUUUCGUUUCAGAGGACCUUUCUACUUUGGCCAUGAUCAAGGACACGGCACAGCAUGUUCCAUUCACCCCACUUCGCCAUGACUCCAGAGUUUCUCAGCAAAAUACAUGCGUGCUAUUCUCGACAGUCAUCGACGGAUGCCGUCAACAGACUGUUCUUCCAGUUGACAACUUGCAGCAGUUCACAGGAUCUUUGGUCGACGUUGCUAUCAAGACCGCCAACGUUAUUCAGCGUACAGCACUUUCUGAAGCUGUCGCCACCAUUUUGAACAAGUACAACAAGGGUGGCGUCAUGGAGAGCUUUAUCAGCCAAACAUUGAUCCCUGAGUUGCACAACAUUAUCCGCCAGGAGCAAGCUGCGUUCGAAACGAGGGAGGCCGCUUUGAUCAUGUACACCUGGAUCACCAAGGCCAUGGUUCUGAGCACGAGCGCGAUUGGAUACGACAUGACGGGAGAGUUGAUGAGCAUCUUCUCGGUUCCUCGGUUGGGCAAGCUUGCUGCCGAUGGGUUCAACCUGGUUAUUGGCGAGCAGCGGGAUGUCUUGACCAAGGAGAGCUUUGCUGUCGUUAGAUUGUUGUACAAGCAAAGGUUCUUCAACCACUGCGUUCCCGUUCUCGUCAAGGGCUUUGAGAGCUCGACCAAUGAGGUCCGCCACAACUUUUUGAUUGCCCUCUCUCAUGUCCUCCGGAACAUUCCCAAGCAGGUCUUGUUGACCGAGCUUCCUCCUCUCCUGCCAAUGUUGGUACACUCGCUAUCGUUCCCGGAUCCAGAGCUCAAGGCCUCAACCAUCGAGACAUUCCAGAUCAUUACCAAAGACGCCCCCGGCCUGAUGGCAGAACAUCUCGCAACCUUGACACCCUUGCUCGUCAGCCUCACGAGCGCAAGGGACCCCGCCAACACGAUGAAGGUCAGGAGUACGGCACUCAAGUGUUUGGGUGCUCAGCCUAAAUCAUUGCCCUUCACUGCCCUUCGCCCCUACAAGGCACAGGUCUUGAAGGAGCUCGAGAAGUGUCUGGAUGAUCGCAAGCGUGUUGUGAGACGCGAGGCUGUGGAGUGCCGAAGCCAGUGGUUCACUCUCAAUGGAAGUAUUGCUAGCGCGUAG